AUGCUAGAUGGGCCUUUGUCCCAUGUCCUUCCAGUCCUUCGGAGUCACCUUAAACCUCCCACCCUCGCCUACCUUGCUCUCUCAUUGCAAGCUCAUGACGCUUCUCCUGACUACCUUACCACCAUCUUACAAUGUGUCGGCUAUUGUAAUAGCAUUAGAUACCUCGAUCUUUCCCUGCCUCCGCAGAGUCAUUCUCAUUUGGCAAUGGUUUACCCAGGUACCCAGUCAGCAGUUGAUGUCGAACACCUGGUGAUCUCCUCGGACGCUGCAGGCUCAUGCUCUGCCUCGGCGGGAGAUGAAUUGGCAUUAUCUGCUUUGUGGAUUGAAGCAUUUCCUCUAGUCAAAUGUGUCAGUAUGCGAGGCUGCUCCAACCAUAUUGCUGAGUACCUUAUCCACAGUAUGCGCAAAAUUGCUGCUGCUGGUGUUGAACUGUCUGUGAAACUGCAUCCCAAAGAUUCCUAG